CUAUUUCUUCGAUGGAUCACCCCAUGUAAAUGCAUACGCCACCCAAGAAUCAAAACCCACCUAAACAGAGCCCAAUAUAAAAACAAAGUCUACGCACCAGAUAUUCAAAUCUAAACUCACUUUCCCAAUGCAUUACUUGCUAACCAUCUCUCUCCUCUCUCUUCUUCUCUCCACCGCCACCGCCACCGCCACCGCCACCGCCACCGCUGAUGACCCAAUAAUCCGGCAAGUCGUCCCCGAACCCGGACAAUCCACCCACCUCCUCAACGCCGACCAUCAUUUCUCACUCUUCAAAACAAAGUACGCCAAAUCUUACCGUGAUCAGAACGAGCAUGAUUAUAGAUUCUCCGUCUUCAAAGCCAAUUUGCUACGGGCCAAGCGGAAUCAGUUGCUUGAUCCUUCUGCCGAGCACGGGGUUACCCAGUUCUCUGAUUUGACCCCCCAAGAGUUUCGACAGAGGUAUUUGGGAUUGAGGGUUCCUAAGUUCUUACAAGAGGCUCAAAAAGCCCCGAUUCUCCCCACUGGGAAUCUUCCGGAGGAUUUUGAUUGGCGCGAUCACGGCGCUGUCACUGGAGUUAAAAAUCAAGGAUUAUGUGGAUCGUGCUGGUCUUUUAGUACAACUGGUGCGUUAGAAGGAGCUCAUUUUCUUGCUACGGGGGAGCUUGUUAGCCUCAGCGAGCAGCAGCUUGUUGACUGCGAUCACGAGUGUGACCAAGAUGGUGAUUGUGAUGCUGGGUGUAAUGGUGGGUUGAUGACUAGUGCUUUUGAGUAUACAAUGAAGGCUGGUGGACUUGAACUUGAAAAAGAUUAUCCUUACACCGGUAAGGAUGGUAAGUGCAAAUUUGACAAGCAAAAGGUUGCUGCCUCUGUUGCUAAUUACAGUGUGGUGUCCAUUGACGAAGAUCAAAUAGCUGCAAAUUUGGUGAAGCAUGGACCUCUUGCAGUUGGCAUUAAUGCAGCCUGGAUGCAGACUUACAUUAAGGGAGUUUCUUGCCCAUACAUCUGUUCAAAGAAUCGUUUGGAUCAUGGUGUGCUUCUUGUUGGGUAUGGAGCUGCUGGAUAUGCUCCCAUUCGUCUCAAGAACAAGCCUUACUGGAUCAUAAAAAAUUCAUGGGGAGAAAGGUGGGGAGAGGAUGGAUACUACAAAAUCUGCAGAGGACAGAAAUAUGAUACAUGCGGGGUGGAUUCAAUGGUGUCUACAGUAGCAGCAUUUCACUCUGAUUAAGCAGACAUAAACAUUAUCGAACACAUAAUAUGCGUGGUGGAAUCACAUGGCAACCACAGCAGCAGGAUCUCACUCUGCUUCGGAGUAGUUAACAUGUAUUAUAUAUGUUGGUUAUCGUCAUUUCUAUGUUGGAUUGUCUGAAGUCCUACAGGUUUAUACGAUCAGUGGCAGUGCUGUGCGCAUCUCCGCGAAUGAUUUCAGUCAUGCAAUUAAAGUUUCAGUAACUCUAAAGACAAUCUAUCAAUAUCAGCAGUUGUGAUAUGUAUAAUUGUAUAUAUCCUUGAUUCCCAGAGGGUUGGAGACUUGCUUUUCAUUUAUUCCCUUGAAACUAUAGCUUUCCUUUUUCCUACAUCUUUUUUAUCUAAAUAAAUUGACAAGUCGAGUGUCACAUUGAA